AUUCCCUCAUGGAAUCUAUCAAAUCUUCACAAAUCCCAUAUCCUCAAGAUUUCCAGAGGAUUUCUUUUUGCAUCUCAUGCAGUCCAUUUCCCCAUCAUGGCUUGGCUUCCCCUUUUUAAAAGUCUCCCCGGGGCGCUUAUAAUGGAAGUCUCACGAACCGUGCUCGGUUUUCUCUUCGUCUUUCUUUGGCAGCCAUGGGAGUGGAUGAGGAGUCGCGGUUCCAUGUCCUGGCUGUCGAUGACAGCCUCAUUGAUAGGAAGCUGAUUGAGACUCUCCUCCAGGUUUCUUCCUACAGAGUGACCGCAGUCGAUUCCGGGAGGGAGGCUCUGAAGCUUCUGGGCCUACUAGAAGAGAGCAAAGAAUCAGAGGACUCCCCUGCAUCUACUGCUCGUGGUCAUCAUGAGAUUGACGUAAAUUUGAUCAUCACAGAUUACUUUAUGCCAGGAAUGACAGGUUACGAUCUCCUGAGAAAGAUCAAGGAUUCCGAGUGCUACAAGGACAUACCAGUGGUGAUAAUGUCCUCCGAGAAUGUUCCAUCAAGAAUCAGCAGGUGCUUGGAAGACGGCGCCGAGGAGUUCAUUCUGAAGCCGGUUCAGUUAUCGGAUGUGAGCAAGCUCAAACCUCGUCUUUCGAAAGGAAGCAGGGAAUAGCAUUCAUCGGACAAGGGGACAAAGAAGAUUGCGAAGAAGAUGUGAUGACAGCAUGAAAUUAAGCUGCAGAUCAAUCCUUCUCUUCAUUGCUUCUCUUUCCUCUUCCCUCUCGUUUUUGAAUUCUGAUGUAUUAAGCUGCAGAUUUAUCUCAAUCUGAAGAUAUUCUUCGAUCUUAUAACUUUUCAGUAUGGUAUGCGAAUAAGUGUUUCCGCUUCAAGCUUGAUGGCACCAAUCAGACAUUCUGCUCUGCUGAGCAAUCCGUAAUGAUGUAUUGAUAUUGCCAUUCUUGGUCACUUACGGUAACAGGAGCGAAUCAAGUACAGAUGAGUUUUGUUCGAUAACUAACUCAAAUAGCUCAUACCAAAGUCAGGUUUAAAUGUGCAAACUUGAACUCG